AUGCCGCUACGCCGGGUUUAGGUUGCUGCCGCGGCCGCUGGUGGGAAGAGGGGAGUGGCGACCGCUGAGGCUAAAGGAAGCACGGCUGCAGUGGUGGUUGCUGGCGGCGGAGGAGAGGCUGCGCCGCCCGUCUGGUGCCUUAGCCCGGCAGGCGUGUGGAGAGCCUAUAGCUAUGGCUAGGAAGGGCGCUGCUACGGCCGUGUCCGAAUGGCGAAGCACGGAAGGGCGCUCCUGAGGCGUUAGUGGAGCAGAGUUCCCACCGGCCCCUACUGUGGUGUGCCCGGCGUAGCCUGUCCUACCUGCCUGGUGAAGUACCGCCCCCUCUCUCCCUUCACGUCCGCGGCCAGUUGCCCUCGGCUUCCUUAAUGGUUCCCAGACAAGCGCCCUCCACACUGCCUCUAUUGCGCUGCCGCCUGCCUCUCCUUGUGACCUUUCCGCCCCCUCCUCGGUGGGCGAAUGCAAGACCUUACUCUCCUCCCCAACCCCUGUUGCCUCUCGGCGCCUGAUAUUUUGAGCCCCCCCCCCCUUUCCUGCUAUCUUCACUAUUCAGAUCAUGCUAAUGGAUUCAUCCCUGACCAGGUUCCCGCACUUCCAGGUGUCCUCAUGAGGCCGCAUCCUUGGCUUCGCCUCUUGACUUUGCAGCUAGACUGGUAGCCAGUCUGGGGGCAGCUUUUGCCGCCUUCUGGCCUGGAAGUACGGUCGCCGACGCUAGCAGCCGAGGUUAUUAGGGCGCGGUUGUGCCUGUCCUGAAAUAAGAGGAUGCCUCUCUUCAAGAAGGCGUUACGGCUCUCCAAUCGCUCCAUUUUCGUCUUCGUCUUCGUCUUCUCUUUUUCCUCCUCAUGUCUCUAUUUUAUUUACGUGGCUCCUGGAAUAGCAAACACGUAUUUAUUUAUGGUACAAGCACGAGGUAUAAUGCUGAAAGAAAAUGUGAAGACAAUAGGACAUAUGAUCAGACUGUACACAAAUAAGAAUUCUACCCUUAAUGGCACAGAUUACUCUGAAGGAAACAACACACGUGACAGCUUUGCUCAGACUGUUAUGUAUCUUCCAGAAAACUUCAGUUACUCUCCUUGCCAGCCUUGUCCAGAAAAGUUGCCACAUAUGAGAGGCUUUAUUGAUGCCAAUAUGAGUGAAAUCAGUUUGGAGGAAAUUCAGCAGAUGUUUUCAAAAGAUUUAGACAUUGAGCCAGGUGGGCACUGGAAGCCAAAGGACUGUAAACCACGUUGGAAGGUUGCAAUACUCAUCCCUUUUCGCAAUCGCCAUGAACAUCUUCCAAUAUUUUUCCGACACUUGAUACCAGUUUUGCAAAAACAGAGGCUGGAAUUUGCUUUUUAUGUUGUUGAGCAGGUGAGUCUCCCGUAUAAUGAAUUUUUUGGUGGUGUAAGUGGACUAACAGUAGAACAAUUCAAAAAAAUCAAUGGAUUUCCAAAUGCUUUCUGGGGAUGGGGUGGAGAAGAUGAUGACCUUUGGAACAGGGUUCACUAUGUAGGAUACAAUGUAACAAGACCAGAAGGAGAACUAGGGAAGUACAAGUCUAUCCCUCAUCACCACAGAGGAGAAGUUCAGUUCCUAGGACGAUAUAAACUGUUAAGAUAUUCUCGAGAGCGUCAAUACAUUGAUGGAUUAAAUAAUCUAUUAUAUACACCAACCAUUCUUGUCAGCAAACUCUAUACAAAUAUAACAGUAAACCUUAUACCUGAAUUAGCUCCUGUUCAAGAUUAUUGAUGGAAUAGCAGAAUAAAUGACUGGACCAAUAAUUUCUAACAGUGGAAAAUCCUGAUUUGGCGCUAGAAAGUGAAAGACCUUACAUCAGGUGUUUCUUAAGACAACAAAUGUCAGUUGAUUACAGUGUAUGACCCUGUGACAUUUUGGAAAAGAAAUCCUAGUAGCUGCUCCUUAAAAUGUUUACAUGAUGAAAAAAGAAAUGUUCAGACUUGUUUGAUCACAUUUGCUCAACUGAAACCACCGACCACCACUAUAGCUAACAAAUCUUUUCUUUGUUUAGAAUCCAGGAGAAACAACUUCUCCUUGGAGUUGUGCAUUCAGCAAAGUGUAAUUAAAAUGAAAGUUUUUAUAUUUUCUACAUUAUGUGAAUAUCUGUUAUAUCUCUUAUCUCUGCAUGCGCUUAAGAGUAUUUGUUUUUAGUCUCUAAGAUUUUGGCAUGGCGUUCAAGCCGUUGAUUCUAGACAAAGCCUUUAACAGUUUUGUAAUGAAGGACCUAUUUCUAAAUGUUAGCUAGUUAUGACUGUAAAUUGUUACACUAGUUUUGAGCUACAGGAUGCUCAUAUACCUCCUAUAUACAUGAUUCUACCAUUGAUGUUUGUGGGAAUAUUUUAAUGUUUACUCUAUUUAUUACCAGGGCAAUGCCAUGACUCCCUGAUAAUUCUUGAAAUACCAUUGUUUAUGCAUAUUGCAUGUAUAUUACAAAAAUCAAUCCAUCAAGGAUAUUGCAUUUCAUUAUGGUCUUUACCACGUGCCAAUAGUGCUGGUGUGAGAUUUAUGUCUUGUCAAACAAUUAAUUAAGGAUUUUGAUUGCUGUUUCAUAGACUUGUUUUUAAAAAAAGGAAUUUCCUUCCUUUCAGAAUCAAAAGAUCAAAACACUUAUCUUCUUUAGAAGAUAAUACAUAGAUAUGAGUGGCUGUACUAGAAAGAUUCACAUAAUUGCCUUUGGUCUCACUUUAUUCUUAUUAAAGUCAAUAACGCUGGAGUUAGCAUAUGGAGAUACCUUGAAACACCUACAGGACCUCUUACCUAAAAGAGAAUCUGUGCACUUUCUGCAACAAACUAAGAAUCCUUCCUUUAUGACCUUCUUACUGUUUUAUGGACUUGUUGUAAUCUUGUUUCUUUGUGUCCAGCACAUACAGCUGGGUGUGUAUGUUUACCAAUACUUGUGGAAUGGGUAGAGAUUACCACAAAGUAUUUAAUUUUAAUUGAGCACUAACUUAAUAUUUCUGUUUUUUUCUGUUAAUACCAUACAAUUUCUGUUGAAAAUAGAGAGACAGGAAUUACAGGUAUUGAAUGUGAUUAUUUUGCUGACUGUUGCCAUGAUUCAGCAAAAUGAGGACCAAAGAACUGUUUUUGCCCUGAUAACAGAAUGGGGAGUGUGUCAAUAAAGAGUUAUGACAACAACUAACAGAAUAGAAAUAAAAACACCAAUCUUGAUUAGUUUCUCAGCAAAUGUUUGAGAUAUAAAAUGCUUAAAGUAUCAGCAUAACAUUUUAUUGCACACUACUCAUGAUUAGAUGUUAGGAGAAACAUCUAUCAUUCCAAAUAUUUUGCAGAAUUGUAUAUAUUUACUUUUAAAUGUUUAAGCAUCUUACAGAGAUAAAAAUGUGCAGAACUUUUCGAUAAACGUGUAAUAAUAAGGUAUGGCAAAAUCUAGUGUGCAGAAAGUCUUUAGAUCUAAUUCUUGGUUUUCACGAGAUUUGGUCUCUCUCUCAACAUUAAUUUAUGACCUUUUGCAGAGCUAAAACAAUCACCAUAAAAAACAUCUUACCAUGUACUGUUUUCAUUUAACUAUGGCCUUAGUAUUUGAAUGAAAAGGUUUAACUUAAAUGUUGCCCAAUUCUUGCAUAACUUUUAUAAAGUGUCUCUAUUUAAUAUGCCUUUGGGCAUAAUAUUACUUUUUUUUAGCCCAACAGAAAAUGAACCCACAAAAUUUGAUAUGCAAUUUUUUUUGCUUCAUUAUACUAUUAUAUAGUAGAUUUUGCCAUGUGCCUUUAAAGUAGCUUAUGAAUGGAACUGGGAGCAUUCUUGACCCAUGACCUGUACCAUUGACAAACUGAAUUUGCUCUUUUAUUUCUGGCAAUUUGUAAUUUUAAAAACCCUGUAAUUUAGAAUGCAGUUUUCAAGGCUAAAAGAGGAAUGUAUAAUUACACCAAAGCAAGAGCAAACAGUUAAUUAAAUCUGCUUGGAAAAUUAAUGUUAACUUCCUCCAUAUUUUAGGCUAAAAUGGGAGACCACUGACAUGUCUAUAAUCACUUCUCCCUUUGCCUUAGAUCCCCAAGUCUAUUUUUGAAUUUAGUAAGUAUUUAUAUUUUAAUGAUUUAUGUAUAAACUGUAUGAAUUCUUUUUAAAAAAUUAAUACUUACCACACAUAUGAGGAAGUAAACCUAACAUUAUUUCAACUUUCCAAGUGGGAAAUGAGAUGCUUAUUAAAUGAACUGAAACAAUUUCUGCGGAUUGUAAGAAAUCAUGCUAUGAUCCAUUAUUUUGUUCAUUAAAAUAUUUGUACUUUUAAAAUUCUUUGUCUCUUGAAAUACAGUGCUUUACACCCCAUCAUAUUGUGUUCUUUUUAGCAGUGGAGGCUUAUUUUGUUCUUUUGUGAGUUUGAUAUAAGGUGAAAAAAUGCCACAAUCUUAUGUUAUUAUGGUGUCAGUUUUCAUGGACUACAGACCACCUCAUCAGAUUAAACACUUUGUUGCUUUUGGGCCAUGAAUUAAUAUGGCUUCCUUUUUGGAAAUCAAUUUAAGGCAAAUUCUAUAGUGUUGUCACUUGUUAAUAGGAUGAACUUUAAUGGACAGUACAUUUCUCUUUUCUUUUUAAAGAAAAUAGUUUUGAGGAGCUCAUGGUUUUAGAAUUUUGUAUAAGAAGUUAUUUCAAUAUUCUUAUAACUUUUUUCAUUCAUGUUUACUUAGUUCUGAGCUAACUCCCCUGCAUGUUAGAAA